AUGUUGUUCUGCAAAGUAUCCCAGUGGAUGACGAGGGUGAUGCCUCUCCUCGUGCCCAUGGUCUGCGCCAAGGAGACCGCCACAGCGGCGACCGUCAACGACCACCGCGUCGUGAUCUACUACCAGACGACGAACUUCAACGGCAGCGCGACGGAGCACGUCUCGCUGCUGCCGCUCAUCAGCGACAAGUCCAGCAUCCCCGUGACCCACGUCCUCAUCGCCGCCAUCCACCUGACCGACGACCCGGGCGUGCACCUGAACAACUACCCGCCCAACAACACGCUCUUCGACCAGGUCUGGUCCGACGCCGCCCAGCUGCAGGCCGCCGGCGUCACCGUCAUGGGCAUGCUCGGCGGCGCCGCCGCGGGCUCCUACUCGCGCCUCGACGGCGACGACGCCGACUUCGAGAAGUACUACGCGCCGCUCCACGACAUGAUCGGCACCUACAACCUGCAAGGGCUCGACCUCGACGUCGAGGAGACCAUGUCGCUCGACGGCAUCGUGCGCCUCAUCGACCGCCUGAAGGCGGACUUCGGCGACUCCUUCACCAUCUCGCUCGCGCCCGUCGCCGCGGCCCUGACCGAGGGCGGCGGCAACCUCAGCGGUUUCAGCUACUUCGACCUCGAGAAAGAGCGCGGUUCUUCGGUGUCCUUCUACAACGCGCAGUUCUACUACGGGUGGGGCGACGCGAGCAGCGCGUCGGACUACGAGUCCAUCGUCGACGACGGGUUCGCCGCGGCCAAGGUGGUGAUGGGGCUCGUCACGAACCCGGCGAACGGGGGCGGGUUCGUGGACCUCGACAGCGAGGCCCCCGUGCUCCAGGAGCUGACGGCCGAGAACCCGGCGUUCGGCGGCGUCGCCGGCUGGGAGUACUUCAACUCGCUGCCGGGCGGCGAGUCCGCGCCCAACGAGUGGGCUACCUGGAUGGCGCAACACGUGCGCUCCGCCGCCGCGACGAGCGGUCAGAAGAAGGAGAUCUCGGCCCGCGAGGCGGUGUGGAGGCGCGUGCGCAAGGCCGGGCGGAGGGUCAGGAGGGAGGCUAAGAGGGUGUAUAGGGAUUACAUCGCUUGA